CGUUCGAUCACCGCGUAGCGUCAAAGAUUGUCAUUUCUUCAAGGCCCUCAAAUACAACCGACGCGACGCUGGAAAUAUCAGAUCUGCUAGUCAAAGUAGAAGUACUGUACAGGCACAAUGCGGGUCUUACUACUGAUAUAUCUGCUGGAUCCUCUUGUAGUCCUAGGUCGGAGCCGCGGAGAUGAGGAGAGUUCAGGAACUAAUAUAAAAAUGCGACAUUUUAAUAUCAGUAAUCAAGACAACGGAGUUUUACGACGUCAAAACCCUAAUCUUCCAGAUUUGCCCCCAACGCUGACGGCGAGCGAACGUGAGUUUGUGUCGCGGCUUUUACAGAAUAAGACCGCUCUGGAUGAAUUCACAUCUUCGAUAGCGGAUGAAAUUUUGCAUCCUAAAGAGAAAGCCAAGGCCGAUCCUGCAAAAAGCGCACUAAAUUCACUUUUAGCGUCUAUUGGCGGCUUCCGCGCUGAACCUGACCCCUCAUUAAACGCUACGGAUCCUAUAUCAUUAAACGCUACACAUCCUACAUCAUUAAACGCUACACAACCUAUAACAUUAAACGCUACCGUAUCUAUAUCAUUAAACACUACAGACUCUAUAUCAUCAAACGAACCGGAGCCUGUAUCAGUAAACGAACCGGAGCCUGAGUCAGUAAACGCUACGAAGCCUGAAUUAAACUCUACACACCCUAUAUCGUUAGAAGUUGUUCCUCCCCAUCUUAUCCAACUGUUUGGCCCUCUAGCUAAAAAAGCAGUAGAAGACGCCGCAGCACAUCAUGGCAUCAAGGAGGACGUCCAUAAAUGGGUCGCGGACAACCCCUCUAUCCAGGAGGCUAUGAACGCAGCGUUAGCCAGCAUCCUAAAAGAGACAUUAGGUGUCGAAACCGUUUCGGUGAAAUAAUAAA